AACAGAUAAGAAAUCUUAAGGAAUUUUCCAAACAAUGUUUUUAAUAAGUUCUUCAACUUGCAAUUGGCUUCAUAGUUUUGCACUUGCACCUGUGCUAGUAGCCUAACACAAAUGUUACAAAAGUAAACUUUAAUAAAACCACAUCCAAAAGUGCAUAUAUUUGCAAGUGAAAGCAGGGUGGGCUGAAGUCAUUAACCCACUUUUUCUAUCAUUAAUAAAACUAAAUGAUUAGAACUCGUUCACGAUCCUUACAUUUACAAGUCCUCAUCACUUGGCAGGGAAGAAUCAAUUACGCCCGCAGAAAUACACGGAAAUGAAACCAUCGACUUAAAUGCACUUGUUGACAUCAUUUGUGAAGAGCGUUAUGGAAAGUUCAGUGCCUGCCCUAAACCUGGAAAUGUGCAUUGCAUUAUCAUCUCUUUCCCUAUUUCAUCUCUAUCCCUCGCAUGAAUCGUUCCUUUCCCAUGGAAAUCCGCCGUACUCCAGCUCUCAGGACCAGAAGCUCCGCCGUAGCCCCACUGCACUCACUGCACAGCUUAUCCCACAAGGAAAGGAGUGUUUCCGGAACACCUCUUGGAGGGUUUCUGUCCGAAGCCAACAGAACACCUCUUGUAGGGUUUCUGUCCGAAGCCGGCAGAACACCCCUUGGAGGGUUUCUGUCCGAAGCCAACAGAACACCCCUUCGAGGGGUUCUGUUCGAGGCCUUCUGUCCGGAGCACUUCUGGGAAAAAUAAACGUUUCGGGAAGAAUAAAACGUUUAUUUUUCCCGACAAGUUACAUUUGAUAUUAUAUGAAUUUACAUAUUACUAUGUAUGAGUUACAUCUUCUUACGCCUGAAUUACAUUUUUUAUUCGCGAGUUAGAUUUGGAUUUAUCUUAAGA